UGCUCUGCCUGGCAGGCAGUGAAGCUGAGUCUCACAGGGGAAGCCCAAGCCAUUAACAAGGUCUUCUACUUCCACAGGAUGAUACUGCCUAAGAGAGGGAAGCUGCUACUGUUCCUGGUUUCUCAGAUGGUAGUCAUAGCUCUCUUCUUCCAUGUGUCCAGCCAUGGAGGAUUGUUCCAGAACGAAGAGCCCAGGAGGCCUGUGCACGUGCUGGUCCUGUCUUCCUGGCGGUCAGGAUCCUCUUUUGUGGGGCAGAUUUUUGGGCAGCACCCAGAUGUCUUCUACCUGAUGGAGCCUGCCUGGCAUGUGUGGAUGAGUUUCACCACCAGCACCGCCUGGAAGCUGCAGAUGGCAACUCGGGACCUUUUGCGUUCCGUCUUCCUGUGUGACAUGAGUGUCUUUGAUGCCUACAUGAAGCCAGGCCCCCGAAAACAGUCUAGCCUCUUCCAGUGGGAGCAAAGCCGGGCCCUGUGCUCGUCACCUGUUUGUGACUUCUUCUCUAGUGACCAGAUCAGCUCACCUAACAAUUGCAGGAUGCUCUGUGCUCAGCAGCCCUUUGAUAAGGUGGAGAAGGCCUGCAGCUCUCACAGUCAUGUGGUACUCAAGGAGGUGCGUUUCUUCAACCUGCAGGCCCUUUACCCACUGCUCACAGACCCUUCCCUCAACCUGCAUGUCGUGCACCUGGUCCGAGACCCCCGGGCUGUGUUCCGAUCUCGGGAACACACCAGAGGAGACCUCAUGAUUGACAGUCGUAUGGUGCUGGGAGAACAUUUGAAAAUGAUCAAGGAGACAGACCACCCCUAUUAUGUCAUGCAGAUCAUCUGCAAAAGCCAUGUGGACAUAGUCAAGGCCAUCCAAGCCCUGCCCAAAGCCCUGCAGCAGCGCUUCCUGCUCCUGAGGUAUGAGGACCUGGUUCAGGCACCUCUGGCCCAGACCUCCAGGCUAUACGAAUUUGUGGGGUUGAAAUUCUUGCCGCAUCUCCAAACCUGGAUUCACAACGUCACCCGUGGCAAGGGUAUGGGCCAGCAUGCCUUCCACACUGGCUCCAGGGAUGCUAUCAAUGUUUCCCAGGCAUGGCGUCGGUCCUUGCCUUAUAAAAAGGUUUCUCAACUCCAAGAUGUCUGUAGCGAGGCUAUGGAUUUGCUGGGAUACCUUCAGGUCAAAUCCCAACAAGAGCAAGGUAAUCUGUCACUGAAUCUUCUGUCUUCCUCCCACGCCUUGGGGAAAGUCUACCAAGAAGGCUUAGGGGAUCUGUCUGUACCAGAUGGUUCCAGCCUCAGCCACCAUUAAAUGAUCCCAAGCCUUAACAGUAUCACCAGACGAGCAAGCUGAGCAUCAAUUGUGCCUCCACAGGCCCAAGCAGAAGAGUCUUUGUGUCUGUACUCAGGUCUACACUGCAUCUGAGCCUAAAGCCAAGAAACAAUCUCUUUCUCUCUUGAAGAGACAGACUCAGGAACCUUGAGCAGCCCCUCCACCCACCGAGCGAGAAUGCCACCUUCCUCCUCUCCUUGGCCUUCCUACUUGUUUAUACCUCAGAGACUAUGGCCUGGAGACCCAUUAGACACAGCAAGCAGCAUCCACAGAGCAAGUCCAUAAGCCUCCCUGUCCAUGUCCCCCCAGUGAGAAGGGGGAGAAUAAAAACCAGGGAAAGGGGGCUUUUCACCAAAGAGCUCCCAGCAACUUCCACAGAGACCAGGCCUCAGAGUUCCCAGCACAUUCAAGGAAGCAGGAGCAGGGGGGGUUGCUUACCUGUGAGUCUGCCUAUCGCAUUGUCAGUUACCAGAAACAGGAAGCAAACACCCCGCCCAACCAGACUGGCGCUCAAGUUCACGGUGUGGUGGGUCUGGACGGCAUCUCUCCUCAGUGUUUUCCUGACAUCUGUGAAACUGCCCUGCAGUGAUAUGAAAAUUGUAACCCAAGCUUCUGCUUCCCCUUGUAAGUUUUCUAACUACCAGUAGCCAAUGUUCAUUCUCAUGGGGCUCUAAAAAAUGGACAUAAUCAUCUUUGUAGAGUUUUUGUAUUGUCUUUUGCUAUUAUCUAACAUAUAUAAAAAUCACUACCCUUUUUGGAGUCAGAUGAUGAACUGAGUCUCUGUUGCCUUAAGAAUUGGUGGAAGGCAGCUGCAACAGAACACCAUUGCAAAAAGCGACUUUGGGAAGAAUGGAUUAUUUGGUUUAUAAUCCCAGUGGGUACAGUUCAUCAUGGGGGGUACGGUAUGGUAGCAGGGGUGUAAGGCUGGCAGAUCAUAUUUCACCCACACACAGGACACAGAGAGAAAGAACAGCAAGUUGGGCCAGGUUGUAAAACCUGAAAACCCACCCCCAGUGACACACUUCCUCCAGCAAGGCUCCACCCAAAAGUUCUGUGACUUUCCCAAACAGCACCAAAAAACUGGGGACUUAGUGGUGAACUGCAUGAGCCUAUGUGGGAUAGUGUAUAUUCAAAUACAGCGUGACAACCAGCAACUCAGCCCUUUCUUGUGCAACGUAUGCAUUGUAACAAUGUGUGGAUCACUUUGGGAGCUCUGCACAUAAUUCUUUUAUGAAGAUCUCAGUUCUAGUAUUUAUCUCCUCCUGUUACUAACAGGCAUCUCCCCUAAUAAGGAAAAUUAUUUCUUCCAGUCUUUGCAGAUGUCCCUAGAUCCAGCUGUGCUUUGAGACCACCUUGUACAGAUGCACACUGCCAAAUGCUUCUUCAGGGCUAGUGGGAUCAGAGCCUCUCAGUGUGGAAUUCUGGAUGCUCAUCCCACUGCCCGGCUGUCUGUCCAGGGCCUACUCACCUCUUGUGGCACAAGGUGCCUCCUAUGUUAGACAGCGACAAAAUUCACUUCCUGGCUCCAAGACAUGUUAAAUACAUGUCUUUCUAUAGAAAGUGCUGGAGAGAUGGCCCAGAGGUUAAGAGUGUGUACUCUUGGAGAGGACCUGAGCUCAGUGUCCAGCACCUAGGUUGUGUGGCUCUCACAAUUGCCAACUUGAGGAUCUGAAUCUCUUUUGUGAUAUCCAUGGGCACCUGUACAAGCAUUGUAUACACACACGCACACACACACACACACACACACACACACACACACACACACACAGAGAGAGACAGAGACAGAGACAGAGACAGAGACAGAAAGACAGAGAGAGAGGUCAAAAUUCUCUUCCACCAUUCUUCUAAGCAGCAACCGCGUGCUCCAUCCUCUGAGAUACUUGAGUAGCUAGCUGCCUUUACUAGCAGGGUUGGUUGGAGUUCAUUUAUAUACCACUUCAAAGGAGAGAAUUUAUUCUACCAUCCACAUCCAAAUAACUCCCGGAACUCCUCAAGAGCUUAGGACCUGGGGCUGGAGAGAUGGCUUAGUUGGUAAAUCGCUUGCCACAUAUGCGCAAGGACCUGAGUUCAGAGGCCCAGAACCCAUCUUAAACCCUGGGCAUGAUGGUGGGUGAUUGUACUCCCAGUGCCACGUACAGAAGGGGUGGUAGAUCCCUGAAGCUCAUUGGCCAGCUAACCUGACCACAUAUACAAGCUUCAGGUUCAAUUAGAGACCUCAUCUCAAAAAAUAAUGCAUAGGGGCUAGAGAGACAGCUCAACAGUCCGGAGAACUGACUGUUCUUCCAGGGGACCUCAGUUCAAUUCCCAGCACCCACACGAUGGCCCACAACUGUCUGAAACUCCAGUCCCAAAGGGAUCCAAAACCCUCUUCUGGCCUCCAAGGCGUGCAUGUGGCACACAGACAUGCAGACAAAACAUCCAUAUGUCUAAUAAAUAAAUAAAGUUAAAAAAUAAAGUGGAGAGCAGUAGGGAACUUCAACUACAAUUUAACAGCAUUUCUAUCUGUAAUGUCUGUGUGGUUUCACUUUCUAUGUAACGACAGCAAUUGAUAACACUUUAACAAAGUUUAAUUAAAACUAUUUUAUUUUCAACUUGUGAAUAGUGUCUCCAUAAAGGUAGACUCACUUUAUGGUGAUUUUUGUACAAAAUCUGACCUGGUUAACCUGUA